GUAGAGCGUCUGACAGUUGGUGUCUAAAGACUUGCCGGAUGAGAUCGCUUCGUAAAUCGAUGUCCCAUCUAGCAUGCGACGUACUAACGAAUUGCUGGAAGUAAAAUAAUUGUGGACCGUAUUAAAGUUUCCAACAUAUUUCUGUUGAUGCGUCGUAAAAAGGCGCCAAACGUGUCCACAGUAUGGGUUGAUGAGCACACGAUAGAAAAACCAUACUUUAUCGUUUGGUAAUUAUAAAAUUGAAAAAAAAAUCUAUCUUAAUUUUGAAAAUCAAGUUUAUUGUAAUAUAAAUUAUGAUUUUUAAAUCAGAAAUGUUAUUAGUGUAUGUGACUAUAUUGUGUGUAUUUUACGUCACGCGUGGAGACACAAAGCAGGAUCCACGACAGGGAAAAACAUUUACAUUCGAUUUGGAAGAUGAGAAUGUAGAGGUAGCACUCGAUUUUUCUGUUCCAUUUGUUAAAAUACCCUUUAAGAAGACCCUCAACGCACUGUCCGGCUUCGGAUUUCACGAAAUGAAUUUUCCCAAAAUUAACAUCAAUCCUAUAGCAAUUACUCUCGGUGGAUUGAUAGUAGUUUUUACGACACUUUUUAUACCUAUUCUGAAUAAAACGUUUGGAUGGCAUAGCUUGGAUCGUACUUCGAGAGUAACAGAUGAGAGUUUGGUACAUUUAGCUAACGAUAUCUCUGAAAAACUAGUAGCGAAUAGUCGGAGAUGUCCAGAGAGAAUAGCAUGUUGGAUUAACCAAAAAACCCAGAGGCCAGAGGAUUUAAAAACGUUGAAAGAAAUCAUGAGUAACCAUCUUGUAUCAGCAUUCGUAAAUGCUACAACUGUCGAAGAAGCUGCCCUUAACGGAUUGAUGGGCAAAAAUUGUCAAGCUUAUAUACCUUGUCCAAUAGAAGAGAAUAGUAUUUCCAAAAUUUUAAGCAGUAUAAAAGUUUUAACUAAUAGAAAUGUUUAUUAAUAAAAUUAUACGAAAGGUAAUACGAAUAAAAAGU